AUGACAGAUACUUGGGUUAUCGUGGGCGCCUCUCGAGGCAUUGGCCUCGAGUUCGUGCGUCAACUACUACAGAAUGGCCAGCACGUCAUCGCAGGAGUGAGGAGCUUGUCGAAGGCCGAUCAGCUUCAUGAGUUGAAAUCCAGUUGCACAGUGCCAGAGCGCUGUAUAAUUGAAGAGUGCGAUAUUACCAGUGAUGAUAGCAUUCAGAAAUUCUCCAACAAAGUUGGGGAAGCUGUCACAAGUGGACUAAGAGUCAAGAAUAUUGUACUCAACGCUGGCAUCCUCCACUAUCCCAAUCGAGCAACUGAAAUCUCCUUCUCCGAUUUUGCUCUCCAUUUGCACACCAACACUAUCGGACCUAUUAUCUGUGCACGGAAACUAGUGAAUCUUCACCCUGAAUCGCCACCUUGCAAGGUCGUAUUUAUCUCCUCAGACUCUGGCUCAACUACCGUCUUCCGUGACGAUGAAGAUGGAUUCGGGGCAUAUAGUGCCAGCAAGGCCGCACUUAACCAAAUGCUUAGGCAUAUGGCGGCCGAGUUAACGCGAAGAGGCGGCAAGUGGAAGGAUACGUGCGUGCUAGCUAUGCACCCAGGUGAAGUGCAAACCGACAUGGCCAACAUCGAUCUCGGUUGGGAGGUGAAAGGGUCCAUACAGGCAGAUGAAAGUGUUGCAGGAAUGCUCAAGGUUAUCGAGCAGAAGGAUGAAACUGGCAGUUUCUGGUGCUGGGAUGGAAGACGACACCCUUGGUGA